AUGGCCUCUCCGGCGGUGUCCGUGGUCUGCGUGGGCAUGGCAGGCUCCGGAAAGACAACGUUCAUGCAGAGAAUCAACUCUCACCUUCACUCGAAGAAAACUGUCCCCUAUGUGAUGAACCUCGACCCCGCUGUGCACUCCGUUCCCUUCGAAAGCAACAUCGAUAUUCGAGACUCGAUCAACUACAAGGAAGUGAUGAAGCAGUAUAACCUGGGUCCUAACGGAGGUAUCCUGACGUCUCUGAACCUGUUCGCGACCAAAGUCGAUCAAAUUAUUGCCCUCCUUGAAAAGCGUACCGCACGGAACCCCGAGACUCCCUCUGCAAAGCCAAUCGAACACAUUCUAGUCGACACCCCCGGCCAGAUUGAGGUUUUCGUAUGGAGCGCAUCGGGUAGUAUCUUCUUGGAGACUCUGGCGUCGUCAUUCCCCACUGUCAUCGCAUACAUUAUCGAUACCCCUCGCGCCAGCUCGACCAGCACAUUCAUGAGUAACAUGCUCUAUGCUUGCAGUAUCCUUUACAAGACCAAGCUCCCAAUGAUCCUGGUUUUCAACAAGACCGACGUCAAGGAUGCCGAUUUUGCUAAGGAAUGGAUGACCGACUUUGACAAGUUCCAAGCCGCCCUGCGCGAGGAGGAGGAAGCCGGUGCCUUUGGAGGCGAGGGCGGUGCCGGUGGAUUCGGCGCUGGCAGCGGAUACAUGGGUUCUCUUUUGAACAGCAUGAGUCUGAUGUUGGAGGAGUUCUAUCGGCACUUGAGCGUCGUUGGUGUGAGCUCCAUGACCGGUGAUGGUGUCGACGAGUUCUUCGAGGCCGUUGAAACGAAGCGUCAGGAAUUCGAGCGUGAUUACAAGCCCGAGCUUGAGAGAAAGAGGCAGGAGCGUGAAGAGCAAAAGUCUUCUCAGCGAGAAUUGGAGCUGGGCAAGCUUAUGAAGGACAUGAGUGUCUCGGGAUCCGCCCGCAAAGAGCGCAAGGGCCCCGAGGGGCCUGAGACUGUCAGCGAGGCCGAAGACGAGGAGGAAGAUGAGAUCAUCAAACGAGGCCUGGCUGAUGGGGAGGACUUCAGUGAUGGCGAUUAUGAUUAUGAUUACAGACCCAGUGCAGGCGAUGAUGAAGGCUUGUCCGAGCGGUACAAGCAGGCUCUGUCGGGCUCUCAGAGUGCCCCCUCUGAGGCAGACAGUAGCUUUGCCCGGUACCUACGGGCCAGCAAUAUUAAUUGA